UGGUAUCGAAGUGACAUCAAUGUUUUGACAUCUCUAAUAGUUAUGUCUUUCGCCGAAAAAUUAAACCAUUACAGUAAACGAAAAUCGUUUCGAUAUGGGAUUCCCUUCCUGGUUAUGAUGGUCGCCGGCUCUUUUGGCCUGCAGCAGUUCUCGAACCUCAGGUAUCAGUACUCCAAGAAACAGCCGGUGACCCCGGAGGAGAUGAAAAAGUACGGUGUAAACAUGAAGAAACGGCAGGAGGUGACGCUGGAAACGGAGUACGAUAAGGUGAAAGCCGUGGACAUCGAUAAUUGGGAAAACAAGCGUGGUCCGCGCCCCUGGGAGGAGGAGGGUCUGGCGACGGCGGCAAAACAUUAACUAUUACGUUAUUCUGGAACCAUUUUGCACCCUGUCUUCGCAAUUUUUUCCCCAGGAAGCAAAUAAUUCGUCCCUAGGAAAUGUUAUUCAUGUUGAGGACUUGCUGAAAGCAGACUGUUUGUUGUAUAUAUAGUCUUAAAUAAAUAUAUGAAAAUUGUUUUUUAAACCUAAA